AUGCUGAAGAGCGUCCUCCUGUACCACGUCCCGUGUCCGGAGCUUCCCCGCCCGCAGCCUCAGCAAACGACCUGGGUGGCGGAUUCCGUGCAGGGGGCGCCCCUCAGGAUCAACCUCAGGUCGCGUCCUUCGGGAGUCACCGUCAACGGCGUGGAAGUGGUCAAGCCUGACAUCAAGGCAAGCAACGGCAUCGUCCACGUGGUCGACCAGGUGCUGCUCGCUCCCCAGGCUGACAUCGUGGACACGCUGGUCGGAGAUGACAGGUUCUCGACGCUCGUGGCUGCUGUCACCGCCGCUGGCCUGGUUGACACUCUUAAGGGAGAAACAGAUGCAUAUCUACCAAUCUACCAGAUGAAUCUACAUCUAUAUUUCUGGACCCCCUGCAAAAAGGUUGUUAGGAAAAGACAGCCCCUUCACCGUCUUCGCCCACCAAACGACGCCUUCGCCAAGCUCCCUCCUGGCACCGUGGACAGCCUCCUGCAGGACGUGCCAGCCCUGACGGAGGUCCUCCUGCGCCACGUCGUCCCCUCCACGCUCUACUCCCGAGCUCUCGUGGGGAAUUCCUUCAGCACUGCAGGAGGCGAUCGGGUAAGGCGCCGCUGGGUCUGUGUGUGGGUCUUCAUAGCUCUCUGUCUGUGUCCAGCUGGUCUGUGCCAGAACAAAGGCGGUGUGAGUGUCGCGACGAAGCAGAACAGCGCCGGCGUGGUGGAGGCAGACAAGACAGUCACCAAUGGAGUCGUUCAUGUUAUCGACUCCGUUAUCUAA